UCGCGACCAAGGGAGGGUGGCUGAGGUGGGAGACGUCAUGCUUGCGCAGCUGUAUGAGGAGAAGCACAUCCAACCUCCCGCUACUCUUGCGGAUAAGGGCGCGUUAGUCGAAUCGGCAAGUCCAAGCACAUCACCUCUGACCCGAUCCGUUACGUCGAAGAAGCGGGUCAUGCCGUGUAGAGAUCCACGUACACCCAAGCGUCCGGCUCGUGGUGGGCCCACGCAUGCUGAACUGACCAUACCCACUCCAGUUGCCAGCACUUCCCCAACCCAAGCAGAUGUGACAGGCGAAAGCACAGCAUCAACACCUGCCUGCGCCGCGACAAACUCUGCUUCCAAGGACACUCCGGCUGCACAGGCUGUAGCUUCCAUACAGGAGUCAAGGCAACCUACGCCUACCGGCACGGACAAGGACGAACCGGCUCAUCAAGCCUCCCCGGUGUCCCCACCAUCGACUGCCUCGGCAGCCUCUUCGAUGACGCUUGGUCGCGAUGAGCCACUCACUCUCGAAGAGCGUUUGAGUCGCACGGAGCGCAUGAUGGCGGCAUUAGCGCGGAGAGUCUUUGCACUGGAGCGCUGAGGUCUCUGCACCCAGUGCUCGCACGAGCGACGGCGGAUGGCUGCGCAUUCAUCAUGGAGAUGGGGCGGUGGCGGAGAGCGUAUGGUUUGUUAAGCUGUUCAAGCUUGACCGAGAGCAUGCUCGAGUCGAUUGCGAGGGCAGUACGAAGUCAUGGACAUGCGAAGGGGGCGCAGGAAGGUGCGCUGUCCCAAAGACACCGCUGGGGGCAGUACGCUGAGCUGGCAGACAUGGCCAUCACGCGUUCAUGGCGAGUCGCAUCCACGGUAUGUGCACAUGUUUGACAGGCGGCCUUGAACAACGGAGCACGAUAGACUGUACAGCUUUCGUGCGGAUCUUAGUUGCUCACUUCGUGCCCUCAUCGACUGCCAGCGUGGUCAGUCUGAAGUUGGCAUGUCAGCCAAUGGAAUCGCCAAAAUGUUGCAGAGAUGCGUCUGAAGUUCUGGUGUGGUUUCGGUCAAAGCGCCGCACAGCC